AUGACUAAGUAUGAUGUAGUACGUUUGUGGGGUUGUGACACAGUGGGUUGGGACUAUGUAGAAUUAGUAGGUGUGUCUGGUGGCUUAUUAUUAAUGUGGAAUGAUUUAUUGUUUAAACGGUUGAACUGUUACAAAGGGGAUGGUUGGCUAUGCGUUGAAGGUUUGUUGACAAAAAAUAACUUGCACUGUGCAUUCUGCUUGGUGUAUGGAGUACAUUCGCGAAGGGAGAAACUGAUGAUGUGGGAGGAGUUAAGCUACAUUGUGGGCUUAUGUCAAGUUUCAUUUUGUUUCAUGGGGGACUUUAACGAGAUACUAAGGUUGGAGGAAAGGAAAGGCGCUGUUAGUUUUCCAGCUACGGCAGAAGAUUUUAAGGAAUGGGUGCAAGAUUUACAGUUAGUGGAUUUACCGUUAACUGAUCGGCAGUUCACAUGGUUUCGAGGUCGUUCUUGUAGCCGCGUUGAUAGGAUUCUUGUUAGUAUGGAGUGGCUUGAGAAUUUUCCAGAUACUCGAUUGAAAGGGGGACCAAGAAGUCUAUCAGAUCAUUGCCCGCUGAUUCUAGAAGAUACAAGACUGAAUGCGGGUCCAAGACCUUUUUGA